AGCCUUCACUAAUGGGAGGGAGGUGACAGUGUCCUUGUGACAUAAAGGGAGGCUCUCAGCAGUCGGUGACACCUUUGUGUAUUGGCAUGCUGUGUGUUUACACAUCCUCGUCAGCUGAGCAGGUGGGGAGUGUCUGACCGGAGCAGCAUGGAAGAGCCGGCUUCGCUGCAAGUAUGUCAGAAGCUCAGCUACGCUUUUGGCCAUUUUCUCAAUGACUUGUGUGCCUCCAUGUGGUUCACCUAUUUCCUGAUCUACUUCCACUCUAUACUGGGCUUUAACUCGUUUAACGCCGGCCUCCUCCUGCUGGUGGGCCAGAUUGCUGAUGGCAUCUGUACUCCUCUUGUUGGCUAUGAGUCGGAUCAUCGUGCAAGCAGUCUGCCAUACGGACGCCGGAAGUCGUGGCAUCUAGUCGGAACUUUGAGUGUGAUUCUUUCGUUUCCAUUUAUCUUCAACCCAUGCAUUGGUUGCACAGAAAAUACACCACAGUGGGUUGGCCUGAUAUACUUUAUCCCAUUCAUAAUCAUUUUCCAGUUCGGCUGGGCUGCUUCACAGAUCUCUCAUCUCUCACUCAUUCCAGAUCUGGCUAAGAAUGCACAUGAAAAAGUGGAGCUUACAGCAUUACGAUAUGCUUUCACUGUACUGGCAAACAUCUCUGUUUAUGCUGUUGCUUGGUUGCUACUUCACUUUCAGCCUGGGAAGACUGGUCAUGAAGAGACACACUUGGGACGGCAGGACAUUCCUAUCUUCAGGACAUUAUCUCUCAUCGUGAUAGGAGUUGGAGCACUGUUUUCUCUGUUAUUUCACAUUGGAACGAAGGAAAAGCAAAGGUUUGAAUACCUUGUGGAAGCUGAAAAUGAAGAUUGUAUUCAAGAGCAAGCAACACUUCCCAUAUCUCCAAAGUCAGUGAUGUUAUGGAAGCACUGGCUUCUGGAACCUUCUUUCUACCAGGUAGCCAUUUUGUACAUGUGCACACGUCUCAUUGUAAACCUGUCCCAGACAUAUAUAGCAGUUUACCUGACCAAUUCAUUGCACCUUCCAAAGAAUUAUAUUGCUACCAUUCCAUUAGUCAUGUAUGUGAGCGGCUUUAUUUCUUCAUUCCUUAUGAAACCAGUUAAUACUUGGAUAGGACGGAAUCUUACCUAUUUUGUAGGUCUUUUGGCAAUUUCAGCAUUUGCUGCUUGGGUGGCACUGGAUCCUGAUCUUGGAGUAGCUGUCUAUGGAGCUGCGAUCAUUUUGGGCUCUGGUUCUGCAACAAUUCUGGUUACAUCCCUAUCAAUGACAGCUGAUCUUAUUGGACCUCACUCGGUCAGUGCAGCUUUUGUGUAUGGUGCAAUGAGUUUCACUGACAAAGUGGCCAACGGCCUUGCAGUUGUGGCCAUUCAGUCUAUGCACCCAUGUCAUACUGAGGUCUGCUGUCCAGCUUGUACUCCCUUCUACCACUGGGUGAUGGUGACCGUAACUGGAGCAUUUGCUGUAGUGAGUGCUUUGGCUCUAAGCUCCAUUAUGAUCUGGCCUAUCAAAGUGCAGUUUUGCAAAGUGUCAGUACCUUCAAUACAGGAGUCUUCAUGGGCCAUAAACUCAGAGGAUGUUGAUGCAGUAAACGCUUGAAUUUCUUCCUGCAUAUCUACCUUGCUUUAAGUGCUUUUUUUUGCACAGACAUUGAAUGAGAUUUGUC